UCCAAGUCCAUCUCUGGAACAGUCCACCCCCCCUCCCCGGUCCACCCCCUGGCCUCGGAGGUCCGUCUCUGGAACAGUCCAAUCCCCUCUCUGGAACAGUCAGUCCACGCCCCCGGGGCCUCGGGAGGUCCGUCUCUGGAACAGUCCAACGCCCCUCGGAGGUCCGUCUCUGGAACAGUCCACGCCCUCGGAGGUCCGUCUCUGGAACAGUCCACGCCCUCGGAGGUCCGUCUCUGGAACAGUCCACGCCCUCGGAGGUCCGUCUCUGGAACAGUCCACGCCCUCGGAGGUCCGUCUCUGGAACAGUCCACGCCCUCGGAGGUCCAUCUCUGG